AUUCUACACUUUUCAAACUUUCUCUGUUUAGGAUCCUUCAACUCUCUUCUUCUGUUCUCUCUGUCUUUUUUGGAACUCUCUGUUUCUAAGGUGACAUGCUUUUCUCAUGAUAUUUUCUUCUUCCUCUGUUUAAUAGUUUCGGAGUUAGGGUUUAUACUUUGGCUUAUAAAUAUUGCAGCAUUUGGUUACAAGGUACUAUUUUUUCUGAUCAUUCAGAGUAAGGCCGAGAAGUUUCCCCCGGGCAUUAGUGUUCUAAUGGUAAUAAUUCUAUAGAAAAAAAGUUGGAUUGUAGUUAAGGCAUGAUUGGAAGAAAAAACAUGGGACGUGAAUCGCCUUUACUUCUGAUACUAUUGACAGUAGGGUUUUUCUUUGGGACAUAUAACUUGUUAACAACUAUAAUUGGCCACAAGGGUACAGAAGUUGAUGAUUUGGAUAGUAUAUCGGAACAGAAUGUGAUCGAUCCGGUCAUACAGAUGCCACGGAAAGUGAAACUAGCUGAGAAUCCUAAGUUACCCUUCCACAUUGCACUAACUGCCACUGAUUCUAGUUACAGCCAAUGGCAGUGUCGAAUUAUGUACUAUUGGUAUAAGAAAGUGAAGGAUUUGCCUGGAUCGGAUAUGGGAGGGUUUACACGAGUUUUACAUUCGGGAAAACCAGAUAAUUUGAUGGAUGAAAUUCCAACAUUUGUCGUCGAUCCUCUUCCCGCCGGUCUGGAUAGGGGUUAUAUUGUCUUAAAUAGACCAUGGGCUUUUGUGCAAUGGUUGGAAAAGGCAAAUAUCCCAGAGGAAUACAUAUUGAUGGCAGAACCUGACCACAUCUUUGUAAAACCACUGCCUAACUUGGCGAGUGAAAAAUAUCCAGUGGCAUUCCCAUUUUUUUAUAUUAAGCCUGCUGAAAAUGAGAAAAGCUUGCGAAAGUUCUAUCCUGAGGAGAAGGGGCCGGUGACAGAUAUUGACCCUAUUGGCAAUUCUCCUGUGAUAAUUAAGAAGAACUUGCUGGAAAAAAUUGCACCUACAUGGAUGAAUGCAUCUUUAGGAAUGAAAGAUGAUCCAGAGACUGAUAAAGCUUUCGGUUGGGUACUAGAAAUGUAUGCAUAUGCCGUUGCUUCUGCGCUGCAUGGAGUACAACAUAUUCUUCGGAAAGACUUUAUGAUACAGCCCCCGUGGGAUACAGAGAUAGGCAAAACUUUUAUAAUCCAUUUCACUUAUGGAUGUGACUACUCUUUAAAAGGUGAGCUAACAUAUGGUAAAAUUGGAGAGUGGCGCUUUGACAAGAGAUCAUAUCUCCGUGGUCCACCACCUAAGAAUCUCCCAUUGCCUCCUCCUGGAGUUCCAGAAAGUGUGGUCACCCUGGUAAAAAAGGUCAAUGAAGCAACAGCUAACAUUCCUGGAUGGGACACAGAGGACAAAGAACAAAGAAAUGAAAACAGUUGAGAUGAUGAUGAGAACAAUUUAAUCGCCCGAUCCGCAAGCUUUGUGCUCUGUUAUCAGUCUAGCUCCUUUGACAUGAACAUAUUUUACUUUACAAACCACACGGUGAGAAAAGAAUACAAA